AAAAUUUUGCAGGGCAGUUUCACUGGACAGCUUUGCCGAGCCGUGCCAUUUGAAUUGCAGCACAGACAUCCACGCACUGCGCUCUCCAUUUCUGGCGUGUCUCCCAGCACAGAGUUUAGCUGAGGCUCGGGUUCAGCUUUCCCUGCUCUCUCCCUGCAGUGGCAGCUUCUCUGGGCUCUCCCAGCCAGGACUCCCCAGCGAUCAUGGAGGAUACUACCUUGCAAAUUAUCGAACCACCAACUGCUUCUGAGGCCUCUGAGGAGCAAAUACCCGAAGAACCCAUCAAGUCAGACCAGAUCAAUGGUGUGAUGGUGCUGACCCUUCUGGACAAGAUCAUCGGAGCGGUGGAUCAGAUCCAGCUGACCCAAACACAGCUGGAGGAGAGACAGCAAGAGAUGGAUAGUGCGGUGGUCAGCAUCCAAGGAGAGUUAACCAAGCUGACCAAAGCUCACACCACCACCAGUAACACCGUGAACAAAAUGCUGGAAAAGGUGCGCAAGGUGAGCGUCAACGUGAAGACCGUCCGGCAGAACCUGGAGAAACAGGCUGGGCAGAUAAAGAAGCUGGAGGCCAACGAAGCGGAGCUGCUGAAACGCAGGAAUUUCAAAGUCAUGAUCUACCAGGAUGAAGUGAAGCUCCCAUCCAAACUGAGCAUCAGCAAGUCUCUGAAGGAGGGCGAAAAGCAGGAGAAGGAAGGUGAAGGUGAGGAGGUGCCCGCAGGUGAGGACCAUGCGGAGGAGGAUCACAUCCAGCUCUCCUCUGAUGAAGAGGUGGAGAUUGAAGAGAUUAUUGAGGAGUCACGGGCAGAGCGCAUCAAAAGGAGCGGCAUGAAGAGAGUGGAUGACUUUAAGAAGGCAUUCUCGAAGGAAAAAAUGGAGAAGACAAAACUGAAGACCAAGGAAAACCUGGAGAAGACCCGCCACAACCUGGAGAAAACCCGCCACAACCUGGAGAAGAGGAUGAACAAGCUGGGCACCAAGAUUGUGACUAAUGAAAGGAGAGAGAAGAUGAAGACUUCUCGAGACAAGCUGAGGAAGUCUUUUACCCCUGACCAUACCAUCUAUGCCAGGUCCAAGACGGCCGUCUACAAAGUGCCGCCCUUCACUUUCCACGUCAAGAAAAUAAGAGAGGGGGAGGUGGAAGUAAAAGCCACGGAGCUGGUGGAGGUGGGUGGAGAGGAGGGAGAAAACUCAGAUCUGAUGCGUGGGGAGAGCCCUGAGAUGCACACGCUGCUGGAGAUCACAGAGGAGUCUGACGCGGUGCUGGUGGACAAGAGCGACAGUGAGUAGGGCAGGCAGCAGCACGGAAAGGCUGCGGAUGGAUGGCUGAACACGAAAUCAUUCACAUCUUGAGAUCUUCCUUUGCCCCGGUGCCCCGGGGCAAGUGUACACAGCAUCUUUACUACCCUGCAGAGCCGAUGCCAAUCCCCUGCCUGCUAGGACAAGGUGUAUUUUAUAUUUUAGUUUUAGCACACAGAAAUGUUAGGAACACAGGACUGUUUUUCUUACACUGUCCAAUCACCCUUGGAGACCAUUCCUGCUGCAGCUGCAUGAGAGCCUUCCAGAGCCCAGACCUGGAGAAGGGCUCUGAGCAACGGGGACCCAGCCCAGCUGGAGAGUGCUAAAACCAAGAUAACAGCUGUACACCUGAAACGCUCAAGUGUCCUCUGUGAGCACAGACCUGGUGUCAAGAACGCCUGCCCAGCCCUCAAGGCCCCGAUUCCCUGCGCCAGGCUGAGUGUCCCUGCAGACAGCAGGAUGUGUGGGAUCCAAGCUGCCGCCCGAGGAGCACAGGGUCUGCAACGCACCCCAGCGUGCGGGAGGGAAGAAUGGAGCACAUUCAAUGGGCAGAGUAAUGGUGAAGCUGAGCAGCCACGUGGCACGCAGACGGUCUGCUCCAUUCUUUCCUCCCAGGUCAUUGUGGCGGAGCCAGGAGAGCUGUGCCACAAACCCAACCUGCUGCUGGGACUGCGGAGCCCCCACAACCUGCGCCUGCUGCCUCGUCCCACACUCUGCCAUCAUGGAGCAGCUCGGGUUAAAUCCCAGCUGCCUGAAUUCGGGCUGGGCAGGGAACGUGCGGAGCUGGACGCUGCCCCCCACGACCCACACGUGCCACCACGGGUGGGCAGCGAGUGCACACGGCCAUGGAGGGGGCGGGCGUCUGUUCCAGAGCAGCCCACGCCAGCCGAGCUGCCUUACAGAGGAGCCUGGGAUGUGCUGGUGCUGUGGGAGCGCCCGGCUGGCAGCGAGCAGCCCCGACAUCCAGCACAUCCGGAGCGUUUCGGAGCGUCUCCUUCCUCCAGGGGUCCUGGCGCGGCUCCGGCUCGUGCCCACGUCCUGCACUUCCCCCCCCCCAUUCUCCCCAUUUCCCCUCUCGGUGCCUUCGCUCUGUUGCUGUAGUUUCACACGCGGCACCGCCCGGCUCAGCCCGCACCGCUCUCACACGCAGCCGCCGCCGGCAGCGGGGCAGGAGCGGGCAGGAGGCUGCGGCCCCACGGCUGCACGUGCGGGAUGUGGGUGCGCGGGGCCGGUGGGAUGUUCCCGUCCCGUCCGCCCGGCGCUGCCCCACGUGCCGUUUCCUUCUGGCCCCGCUCCGCCCCGCGCAGCCGUGUCCGCUGCCGCCGUACCCACGUAUAUAAACUCGCUUUUCCUCUCUGACCGUUCUCCCUCUCGUUGUCUGACGCCCCGCGGCGCUGCCCUGUGCCCGUGGCUGCGUGUCCCCGUUGGCGGCGCCGUGUCCCGCUCGGUGCGGCGGAGCUGCCGCCCGUCGGUCGCAGCGCGUUGGACAAAGCUCAGAUUGUUUUGUAUGACUGCAUCCUGGUGAGCAGCACAACUAAUAAAGGCUGUUUUGUAACGGA